AUGGCAGACCGAAACCUUCUUCUUUCCCUUAACGCGGGCUCUUCGUCCCUCAAGAUAUGCCUCUACAAGGCUACCCGCCACGUAGAGCUUCAGCAGCAACAGCCUCAUGCUGCUCGAGAGCCAGUCGAGCUCCUCCUCACCUCAUCCAUAUCCAACAUUUCCGCACCGCCCGCAACGUUUUCAUUCAAUCCAACGACAGCCAUCGAUGCUCCGCACGCCAAGGAUGAGCCCCAGCAAUCGAUAACAGACCAUGCCUCUGCCUUUGCCCACUUCCUCGACCACCUCCAGUCGCAGGCAUCCAUAGACCGCGCGAGCAUCGUCUACAUUUGUCAUCGCGUCGUUCAUGGCGGCGAUUACACAGAGCCUAUCGAGAUAACGGACGAGUCCUAUCAUCACAUCGAGAACCUCUCCGAUCUCGCACCGCUACACAACGGUGCGGCCCUCUCGGUAAUCAAGGCCUGCAUAGAGGCCCUACCCGACGCCAAAUCCAUCGCCUACUUUGACACCACCUUCCACACGUCCUUGCCCCUCCAUGUGUCUAAUUAUGCAAUUAACCCCGAUAUCGCAAAGAAACGUGGCCUUAGGAAAUACGGCUUCCACGGCCUCAGUUACGCGUUCAUACUGCGAGCAGUCUCCGAAUACCUCCAGAAGCCUCCCACCUCGCUCAACCUCAUCCUCCUGCACCUAGGCUCUGGCGCCUCCGCGUGCGCGAUUCAAAACGGUCGCUCACUGGACACUACCAUGGGCCUCACACCCCUCCACGGAUUGCCAGGCGCCACACGCUCCGGCUCGAUCGACCCCUCGCUGAUCUUCCACUACACGAACAAAGCAGGGCGGAUAACCCACGACCCGAGCAUGGCUGCGCACGUCGGUGUGACUUUGGCAGAGGACAUCCUGAACCGGCGGUCGGGGUGGAAGGCGAUCACGGGGACGACGGACUUUGGGGUCAUCACUGCGAAUGCUGAGCUGGAGGACAAGAGCCCGGACGUUGCGGGCAGGAACAGGUAUAGGCUGGCAUUUGAUUUGGUGGUGGAUCGAGUGCUGCACUACGUCGGGGCGUACCAUUUGAAGCUGCAUGGGGAGGUGGACGCGCUGGUGUUUUCUGGGGGGAUUGGGGAACGCGGUGUGCAAUUGAGGAGUAUCAUCAGUGAGCGGGUGGCGUGUCUGGGCUAUCGGGCUGUGGAUGAGGAGAAGAACGCCAAGUUGGACGGAGAGGUGGCGAAUGAUAUCUCGAAGGAGGGGACUGGGAAGGGCCCGAGGGAGCAGAGGAUUUUGGUCGUGAAGACCGACGAACAGAUCGAAAUGGCGAGGGAAUGUGCCCUCGACCCCAGGUUCUGGGAAUCAAACUAA